AGGAUGAAUUUUUGGUCUUGGCUCCUGAGUCACCAGAUGGUUAUGAAAGAAAGUCACUCUUCCCUCCUCCCUUUGGCUCCACCCCCCUCCCAGGCACUAAGCAACAAGAAAACACAGAAGGGAUUUGUUCAAAGCUGCAAAAGAACUUUCAGCCCUCCAGGCAAGGUGAUGGCUCCGAAGCCCCAAAAGAAAAAGAAAGCACAGCCAGCCAGGUCCAAGCUCACAGCUUCAAGGGCCACUGCCCAGGACACCGUGGAAUCCGGGCCAGACAAUGCCUUGCUGCUGCCAGUACAACAGGAAUAUGAGAGCGUUUGCCGAAACCUGGAGGAUUUGAGAGGGAGGAGGGCACAGCUGAGGGCACAAUAUGAGUUCCUCCAGCAAGAGGCACAAGACCUCCAGAAUGAGAGCCAGGAGUUUGCCGGCUACCUAGCCAAGCGAGCCCGAAGGCGCCAGGGUGUGGUGGUUUCUCUAAGUGAAGAGAACCAGGAGUUGCUGCGCCAAAUCCAGCAGCAGCACCAAGAAGUGAUUGCCCGUUCUCAGGAGCAAGAGGCAGCUCUGCGGGAACAGCUGCUCCAGAAAGAAGCUGAGCUGGCCCGUCUCAGCUCUGAAUUGGAGGGACUGCGUGAGGUGCAAGCCCUGAAGCAACAGCAGACCUCCUACAUUCGGCAGCUGCAGAAGGAGUUGGCGGCUGCGCAGGAGCAGCAUAUGCAGCACCUGGAGGCAGCCAAGAUACGAGCCUUGAGAGAGAAGAUCGCCCAGGAACAGGAGGCAUGGCAGGAAGUGGAGGGCUUGGCUCAGCAGGUACAACAGUUGGCCUUGCAGUGCCUUCAGGAGCACAGCCAGACAGUUUGCCAGCAGAAUAAGGAGCUGAAGAAGGAGCUGCACCAGCUGGUCCAGCGAGUACAGAAGCUGCAGGAGCAUAAGCACCGAUUGCAGAAACAACUGGAGCAGCUGUGGCGAGAGCAUGGCUGUUUGCAGGACUUGGCCUAUCUGCGUGGCCGGUUGAGUGGUAGAGCUUCUGGCCUUGUGUGGCAGGAGGAGUGAAACGCAACGGCCAGAGAAACUGCAUUCAGCCAAGACAAUUAGGACACUUGACCACUUAACAGAGGGACUGGCACAACAUGAUUAAUUGGUGUGGUUUCUAUUAUUUUUGGAAGGAGGAAUUCAGUUUAUAAACCUCUGCAGUAAUCCAAUUAGAAAGGGACCAAAACGUGAACUGUUAAAGAUGAUUCAAUGGGCAAAGGACUUUGGUUGCAAUAUAAUGCUUGAUCAAUAGGAAAAAAUGUGGAGAAAUGACUACAAUCUGUUUCAAAAUGAUGCAUCCUUAGUACUUAAUGCCCAAGAAAUGGUCAACGAUGUGUAAAGAAAUUUCAAAUGUAUGUUGGAAAUGUAUUUGUGAAAAACGUACUUUCUACCAUCGUUGGUGGAUCUGUGGCAAAACAAAGAAAUAUUGAGACAAAUCUUUAUUUUAAUUCAGAAGGUUCUUAAAAUAAAUAUAAAACUGAAAGAAGAAGUCUUUUGGUUUGCUGGAUAAAGAACUUGAAAAAAAAAGGAACUUUGUUACAAUAUAUGUUGACAGCAGCGAGACUUUUAUUUGCACAAAGAUGGAAAGCUCUAUCAAUUCCCACACUGAUGGAGUUGAGGAGAUGGCAAAAUUGACUGCUUUAAUUAAAAAGAAGAAUUUAUUUAGUUUUUUUUUCCCAUUUGGAAACCACUUCCAGAUUUUACUCUCAAAACAGAAAAUAGAAAUUUUCGAUUUUAAGAUUUGACUUUGUUGUUAUAGAAAUGAUUUGAAUUAAUAGAAAUAUAAAGCAAAAAUUUGAGGUUAUAACUUUUCUUAUAAUAAACACUGAUAAAAAUUAAAGAAAGUGAUUGGAUCACCAACCCCAUUCAUGACUGCUAAGUGAAACCAGCCCUCUCAUUCCUUCACUUAGGAUUCUUCAACCCAAACAUUGACAGAGUACCAAGCAUCCUCCAGGCACACCAGCAGAAUGAACAUCUCCUACCAGGAUAGCAUUGAAAAUAUCCUCAAAUUUAUCCCUGCUAUACAGUUGGAGGAUUAUUGCUUUUCAUCUCCCAUAUGUCAAACAGUAUACAUGCAAGUAUCUCAGUUUCAGAAACCUGCCCUCCAAAACAGUAUCUCAGCUGCUAUUGUCAAUAGAGGACUAGAAAAUGCAUUGACACAGCAUAGGGUGUAUGGUUAGUAUCAACCUUAGGCUUUGCAAAUGUAGCAUAUUUGGCCUAUCGAUGAGACUCUGUAUUUGCAAACUGAAAAAGCGGAUUCAUUCAGAACUCAAGUUAAGCAUGUGUGAAUAUGAGUGGGGAUCAAAUUCCUCUUUCCCAUUAUCAUAGGAGUCAUUUUUAAUGGAAUUCUGCAUUGAUUCAUGUAGCCUAUAUAUACUAAUAGAUUUAAUAGCUCUUUGUUUAGAUUAUUUAGUGUUUAACUUGUUCAUUUAUUUUAUGUUGUCUGAUUAUUCUUUUCCUGAGGCUAAUAAAAUUGUAAUACGAAUCAAUUGGGCUUGACUGAAUACUUUGCCCAAGAGGAUUCGUUCUACUGCAUGACUACAGUUUCACAUUGCCAGAGAAAGACUCGGUAUACAAAGGGAAGGACAGGUUAAUAUGUAAUCCAUGGAGGCUGAGGAAUAAAGCUGACAUAGCAGUCCUGUUGGGGACUGUUUUAAAGGGGAAAGUAAUGCCAGGCCUGCUGAGUGGGGUUAAUGCUUUCAUGACAUGCUGUUCUGAUUUUUAAUUAUCCCAAACAAGGACCUUUCCAAUACCCAUUAUGUGUUUUAGAACUCCUUAACUUGAGGCUAAAUUGUUAUCUGCAAGCAGUCCUGAGUAAAAACCUCUUAAAUUACAUUGGUCUGUCAAGAGAAAUAAUCCCAUUGUAUACUCCCUUGGGAAGCUUUACUAGCAUUACUACAUAUGAUGUAUGACCGUAAUUGGAGUCUGCCAAUUAUGUUUGCAGGCUGUGCUGAUUAUUAAGUGAAGCACUCACGUGAUCGCCUCACUUUAUGGUCCUAAUCCCUGCUUUUGCUGUUGCAGUUAAGCAACUGUGCAGGUUGUUAGGUGGAGCAUGGGGUACCUCAGUGGUGGAGAAGAUUCAGGGAGAUCUAAUGCAUCUUCCCAAUUCACAUGGGGCCUGCUCCCAAAAUGGCGCCCACUUUCAGGGCGGCACCACACGGCUUCUACAUAGAAAGGCCAUGCUGUGGAUUGGCUACUUUCUGAAAGAGAUCUAUAGGAAGAAUGAUUGACCCAUGAUAGAGGGAUGGGGAGAAGGGCGUGAAACACUGUGAGGUGGGAAAAGAAAGGAGUUCCCAAAAAAGCUCCAUCAAUUAAUUACUCAGGAAACCCUUUUGCAUAAUACAAGGGAACUUAAUUUAACCACAAACAAGGCCAGAUCAAUUUUAGUUAAAUGUAAUCACUCACUAGAUGAGUGCAGCUCAUUU